UGAAGCAUUCAUCAUUUUCGCACUUUUGUCAACGAUCAAAUAAAAACACUUUUUUAAUCCAGAUCAGGUAGCGUCUUAUAUCUAGACAAGAAUCCGACAAGCGCCUAGCUUUCUUUCAAUGUAUUGCAUACACGUGCAUUAAAAUCAUACGCGACUGCAUGUGUCUUGGCUGUAGAUGCCGCUAAGACAACCACGAUGAGACUUCGGAAAUCAAAUCAAGGGAAACGCUUUAACAAUGGCCUAACUCUCGAUCUUUCCGAUGGAGAACAAUCGGGUUUGACUGGACAAGCCCGCGAUUUGUCUGAUGACGAAUUCGUCGUAGACGCCCAACCGCUAAAUCGCAAAGAUGAGCAGGACGAUGAUCCUCAGGAUUCUUCGGAUUUUGAAUCACAAGAUGGCAGGCAAUCUGAGUCAAGGCGCAAGAAAAACAGACGCUCCUGGGCACCCAAUCCUGCCAAAUCACUUGGCGAGGUACAGCCUUACCCAACAGACCCUGCACAGAAAUGGACAAGGACUUACGUUGGCCCAGUCAAAAGAUGGACGCGGCUUGAAUACCUGGUCGAUUAUUGGUUUGGUGAUAUGGAAGACCGCAGGGAAAUAUUCAAUGAAUUCAUGAAACUGUGGUUCAACUUUCAGCUUUUACCCCCUAAGCUUCCACGAGGAUCCCACCAGUUAGAGGUAGCGCGGAACGGGUGGAUGCCCAGUGAUUUCACCCAGCACAUCGAAAACAAGUAUCGCCAUUGGUAUGAGAGAUAUCUAGCCAUACGAACUAGAUCGCAAAGAUCAACUCUUAUAGAUAAGGCGAAGGCGUUCCGGUGGUUUCUUCCACGAACCGACGGCGAGAUGCGCGUGUUACUCGGUCAUGUAUCGAGUCAGAAAGAACACCUCAUUAAGCAAGGAGAAUGCAUAUCAUUAUCAGAUUCUGGACUUCCAAUCGAGGAUGAAAACAAUAAUGAGCUACAGAACGGCGGCUGGCUGCUUGAUGUUGGGGGCAUCGUCCUUUCUAUGGGAUGGGCUCCAGUCAAAGACCACGUAGACCAGCUCCUAGCUAUGUCAGUCAUCCCACAUUCGGACCAAGCCUUUUAUAGGGAUCUAAAUAAUGCACCAAAGCAGUCAGAGCUAAAAGAAGGGACCAUUCAGAUUUGGAAAUUUAAGGCCGAAAAGGACUCGGGAGGGAUCAGUCGACCAGCGCGAUGCUCUCCAGAAUUAAUACAUGCAAUAUGCUUUUAUUGGGGAAGAGUAAAACGAAUGCAGUGGUGUCCUGUCCCGCUCACCAUUACACAUGGCAUAGCUCUCUUGGCUGCGUUGUGUGGAGAUGGAAAGUUGAGGAUCAUGGAAAUCAAGCGAGACCCAGAGAGAGAUAGCAUUGGUACUUUUGAAGAAAUGCAGGAGCCGAUGGUCACUAUAGAGCCUCCUAAGGAACAUACUCUGGAAAUAAAUUGCUUUUCCUGGCUGAAUAUGAACCGUAUUGCUGUUGGCCUUUCUGACGGCUCCGUGGUAGUAUGGUCAGUUUCGCCCUUCCAGCAAUUACAACGUCAUCCCAUUCACUCGAGCCCUAUUAUGGACAUUGUAUCCGGUUACCCCUCUAAACCCUUUCUUAUUGCGACAAUGCCCAUGGGGGGUGUAUUCACUUUGACCGACUUAAACCGACCUACUGCAGAGAAGACAUACCAUGGAAACCCGUUGGUUUCCCUGCAACCAAACGUCCUUUCUUGGAGCGACCAGUUGAGGGGUUUCGCAUCUAUAUGGCCUACUUCGUUUCCGGGAACAUCAACCGUUUCUUUCGUACAUUCUCGGGUAUUCCCUCUUUCCCGUCAUAUAUGCACCGUAGAGGGCCAGACGAGUUGUCUUGCGUUUGGAACAUGUCACCCAUGCCUUCUCGUUGGAAGCUCAGAUGGAUCAGUCUGGUCUCUUAACGUUAUGCGCAAAGUUUUAUCGCACAGGGAGAAAACACAUAAGAUUAAAAUCUUUCAGCAUGAAUAUGCUGCGCCCCCACCUCCUGAUGCUAUGAAUGACAACAAUGAGCAAAUUCCGCUCCGUGGGGGAUGUCGUAUCCUCCAUGGAUUUCUACCUCAAGUCAAUUUUCAUCCUCUAGGCACGAGGAUCGCGAAGGAGAGUAGAGUCAAGCGUGCUAGAGGGGAGAGGAAAGCGGCUGGUAAGAAAACCCAGAAACAGGAAAAUGAAGAACUAUUUGAAGAUCCAGCGGAGUCAGAUGAGGAUUACGUCACUAUGGUUCCAGCCCCUAUUGUUGUCCACGAGUCCCAAACCCGCAUUACGGCUUUAUGUUGGAAUCCAAACGUGGAGUUUAGCUGGUGGGCCGCGGCAGCAAUGGGGUCCGGGCUAGUGAGAGUCAUGGAUCUUGGCAUCGAGAAUACUCGAGAGGAGCCAGAAGAGCACCCUGAGGGGCUAGAACUGGCCGAGCCAAAUCUUGACCAUGAUGAUGAUAGUCGCAAUGGAGACAUCGAAAUGGGUGAUGGCCCAGAUGGCGAUUUCGAGUUGGUUGAAUGAGUUAUGAUAAAGCAGUGCAGGGUACAAGAACAACUUUGCAGCAAUUUGCGUGGCCACCAAAUCAUAUAUAGACGCAAAGGCACCUAAGAAGCCACGAGUUAAUAGCACCUACACUUAUAUAGGUAUCCAGCAACUUGACCAUGUACGGGUUCGGUCGUGCCAGAUUCUAUCAAUUGCUCUUCCUAAGGAAUAGUUUUAUAGAACGCUUGUGGUAUAAUGGCUCCCCGUUUAGUCUAUAGUACAGGCAUGCUAUCAGAACGAACAGGACUAUUCGUAUAUACUCAACUCCGACCUCCAUUAUAAUUG